CUCUCUCUCUCUCUCUCUCUCUCUCUCUCUCUCUCUCUCUCUCCGCCUUUGUAAGGAAGAAAAUAGAAAUGUCGAAAUCUCCAGAGGAAGAACACCCUCAAAAGGCAUUUGGGUGGGCUGCAAGAGACACUUCUGGAGUCCUCUCCCCUUUCAAAUUCUCUAGAAGGGCGAACGGCGAAGAUGAUGUCACGCUCAAGGUACUCUACUGCGGAGUCUGCCAUACCGAUCUUCACGCCGUUAAGAACGAGUGGGGAAAUUCCGUCUACCCCUUACUCCCAGGGCACGAGAUCGUCGGUGUAGUGACCCAAGUGGGGCCCAAUGUAUCAAAAUUCAAGGUGGGAGAGAAGGCGGGUGUCGGGUACAUGGUUGAAUCAUGCAAAUCCUGCUACAGCUGCGAUCAAGGGUGGGAAAACUACUGUCCCAAGAUGAUGAUCACCUAUAAUUCCAGGUACCAAGAUGGGACGAUUACGUACGGUGGAUACUCUGAUAUGCUGGUGGUCAAUCAGAACUUUGCAAUCCACUUCCCUGAGAACUUGCCACUUGAUGGCGGCGCACCGCUAUUGUGUGCCGGUAUUACGGUAUAUAGUCCAAUGAAGUAUUUCGGGCUCAGUGAGCCAGGCAUGCAUCUAGGAGUGGUUGGGCUCGGUGGGCUCGGUCAUGUUGCAAUUAAGUUUGGCAAGGCCUUUGGGAUGAAGGUUACUGUAAUCAGUACAUCCCCCAGGAAGGAGAAGGAAGCUAUCGAAGGACUCGGUGCUGACUCAUUCCUGGUCAGCUGUGACCCGGCCCAGAUGGAGGCUGCCAAGGGCACUAUGGACGGUAUCAUCGAUACAGUCUCAGCGGUCCACCAGAUCGAGCUGUUGAUGGGUCUGCUGAAGUCUAAUGGGAAGUUGGUUAUGGUGGGUCUACCGGAUAAGCCUCUCGAGCUACCAGUAUUCCCUCUGGUUAUGGGGAGGAGAACCGUGGCUGGAAGUUUCAUUGGAGGAAUUAAAGAGGCCCAAGAGAUGAUUGACUUUGCAGCCAAGCACAACAUCACGGCGGACAUCGAGGUUAUUCCAAUGGACUAUGUGAACACGGCCAUGGAGCGGCUUGCGAAGGCGGACGUACGAUACCGAUUCGUCAUUGAUGUGGGGAACACCUUGAAAGCUCCAUAAACUGUCGAUUUCAAUCAGCAUCUAUGAAAGUUAUGUGUCUGGUCACAUGUUUUUACAGUGCUAUGUUGUUGUUGGUUUGAAUAGUACGUGUGUGUGGUUACAUGUUUUUACAUUGGCGUACCUGGAUCGUUGCUUGGUUCUUAAUUGUGUUUUGUUAUUUGCUAUUAAACAAUUAUCUAAUAUCUGAGGAAUAGUUAGAGAU